CUGUGACCUUCAGGUAUUGAGGAUCCACAGCCGAGUCGCCAGGAGCCGCUGGAAACCUCGAAAUGGGACCAUUGACUUUUAUGGAUGUGGCCAUAGAAUUCUCUCUGGAAGAGUGGCAAUGCCUGGACACUGCACAACAGAAUUUAUACAGAGAUGUGAUGCUAGAGAACUACAGAAACCUGGUCUUCCUUUAUUGCUUUGUCUAAGCCAGCCCUGAUCACCUAUCUGGAGCAAGGAAAAGAGCCUUGGAAUAUGAAGAGACAUGA